UAUAAUUUUUAUAUACCAGUCUCAAGUCGUUAAACAAAGAUAUACAAGAUUAAUUCAAACGUGCCUUCCAUAAGUUUCUAAAGAUUGUAAUAAAAACAACUCAGUUCUUCACUGUUAAAACAUACAAAACAUUAUUUUCGUUUUUGUUUGUUUCUCCUCCAACAUGGCAACACCACCGUUAACGCCGCGGAUGCUGAUUCCGACACUGUCACCUCUCGGGAGUCCACGUUCCAAUAAUAAAUCUCCCGCCACGGCGCGGCCAGAGAUAACGCUGGAGAAGCCGUCCGGGAAGAACAAAUCAACCGGCUCCAAAUCAACGAAGCUACUCCGCCGAGUCCGCUCAGUGUUCCGAUCGCUUCCGAUCAUGUCUCCGAUGUGCAAAUUCCCCGGGGGAGGAGGGACGCGAGUCCACGAGAACCACGUCCACGGAGGGACGCGCGUGACGGGGACGGUGUUCGGCCACCGCAAGGCGCGGGUGAACCUGGCGAUCCAGGAGAACCCGCGGUCCCUCCCGAUCCUCGUCCUGGAGCUGGCCAUCCCGACGGCGAAGCUCCUGCAGGAUCUCGGGGUGGGGCUGGUGAGGAUCGCGCUGGAGUGCGAGAAGAAACCGAGCGAGAGGACGACGAAGAUCGUGGACGAGCCGAUAUGGGCUCUGUACUGCAACGGGAAGAAGUCGGGUUACGGGGUUAAGAGACAGCCGACGGAGGAGGAUCUUGUGGUGAUGCAGAUGCUCCACGCGGUGUCGAUGGGAGCUGGCGUGUUGCCGGUGACCAGCAGCGGAGGAGGAGGAGGAGGAGGAGGGAAGCAAGAAGGGGAUUUGACUUACAUGAGAGCGCAUUUUGAGAGAGUGAUUGGGUCGAGAGACUCGGAGACGUAUUACAUGAUGAACCCAGACGGUAACAGUGGACCUGAGCUCAGUAUCUUCUUCGUUCGGGUUUAACGACGUCGUUUUAAGGGAAAGGA